UCAGCCAGGCCAGGGGACAAGUCAACCGCUCAUGCGCUGGCCUCGGGAAUUGGAAACCAUUUUUAAUGCAAUCCCCGUUCCAAUCUUAUUUAUGAACUUGCGAGUCCGCCAAGCUGAUUCCAAUUGAGGCUUGGAAGUCUCGUGAGUUGAGGUGAAGGAUGGUGGAAGGAAGGGGAAACGCUCGGCUCCCUUCCACCUUCGUCGACCUCUCCGGCGAACUCGUCUGAUCCGGUCCGUCGCCUGUUGCCCUCCGGGGCUGGUUCCAUGAACGCUCGGUUGACAUCCGACGGCUCCAUCUUGGGUGGCACCGCCAUUUCACUGCAGCAGAGCUCCAUUUACUCGACGUUGAAGCAGCGCAGAAGCCGGGUCCCCUGAUGGAGAGGUCGAAGAGCGAAGCGCCGACGAGGAGCCGCUUCGCUACGCCAGACGAGGCCGGAGACCACAUCGAGUGCACCGGUGCGUCGUGCCGGUCGUGCACCGCGGUCCUCGUCGCCGACUGCAUCGCGCUGGGCUGCUGCCCCUGCGCGGUGGUGAACAUGCUGGCCUUGACCUUGGUUAAGGUCCCCUGGGUGGUGUCGAGGAGAUGUUUGGCAAUGCUGAAGAGGAAAGGGGGGUCGCUACGCAAAAGAAGGGUAAGAGACGAGGGAGGAGAAGCGGAGAAGAUGACAGCGGUGGUCAUUAAGGGAAGGGAAGGGAAGAGCCUGGAGAAGAUACGAGAGUGGGACGAGGAGGGCAUCUGGGGAACGAGGGAGGGAGAGAACGGCCGUGGAGGUCCAAGACUCGAUGCUGAUAAGGUGUGGAUGGAACUGUAUCAGAUCGGGCACUGGGGGUUCGGGAGGUUGUCCUUCUCGGGAGCUCAAGGGAGGGGCAACUAGGGAAGGCGCAGGGUGCGAGUGCCCGAAAUGCCCCUGCCACCUCUGGUGAGUGAUGAUGGGUUUUGGAAGCUACUGCUACGGCAAGGCAUGAGAGAUGCACUGUGCCGCGUGGGGUUGUCUCUGCUUGUUUGCGCAAGGUUACAAGUCUGCGAGAGAGAUGGAAAUGUCCUGUUGGUUUCCCUUCUCUAUCAUCAGUUGCAUUGCUGAGAUUCCUUUCUCUCAGGUGCAUUGAUUGAGAAAAGCUGUACUGAUUCUUGUGACUUGUGUGAGGUGUUACAUAAUCGUAUUGUUGCAGCCCAAAUUUGAUGCAGCCAAUAAUGGUAUUAUCAUGUCUAAGUCUUUAAUGUUUGACAACAUGGAAGCUGUUUAAACAUCUCUGGUCGCAGACUUGCAGAAGUUGCCAAGAUGGGAUUUGUCUGUCAUGUCAUGUGAUUUUUACCGGUCCAAAAUGUUCAUCUGUUUCUUGUAUGCUUAUUUGUAUGAUUGUAGGGUCCUGUUCCCAAACCAGGUAAAUGGUAGACCUGAUCGUGAGUUUAGGGUUUAGGGGUGUUUCACAUGUCCUUAUGUCCCACUGCACAAUGGAUGUUCUCGUCGAAAUGUAAUAGAUUAGCCGUAUCCAUGGUGUGGCAGGUAAUAAAUAUGACGAUCCUGGCCUCAUCACAUCGAGGCCUACACGCAGCAGAAACUUGCAGGAAGGGUAGGGGCAUCAUAAGGUGCCACAGUUGUAGCAGUUGAUUCCAUUUCCACUGUUCCCCGCACCGACCUCCAACAGAGAAGAAUGCAAGGGAUUCAAUGACUGUCACAACAUCAACAUCAGCACACCAUUAAAUUCACCAUCGUCGAUCUUUUCGUCAAGU